AUGAUUUGCAACGCAUGCUCAAAGACAAUUCAAAGCAUCUGGGACCCCUCUAGCCCGAGAAGGCUGCGCCCUGGGUGGGAUGUGACCCCCGAAGACAAGAGUCUGCCCCCUGAUCAUCCAGAGAACUACGUCUUUGGGCACCAUGCCACAUCUGAGUCUCUAUCGCGGGCUAUUUCCGACGGGUGCACCAUUUGCCAGCAUAUAGAGCCGGCUGUUUGCUUGGAGGAGCCCGAAUUCACUCAAGGUGGAUACUUUCGUCUCCCCAAAUACGACCAGCCUGGAUAUUUUUCUGUCCUCGGUGUUCGAGUCGAAUUGUGCAUGUUACAUGGGCUUACAGAGCAUCAGGGCUCCCUUGGCGAGUUUCUAUGUCCAGUGGAUAGCCCGAAGCUCAUGCUCAGCGGAUCGACAGGUGAUGCCUCCGCCCUACUCUUGGUCAGGCGCUGGCUGGACACUUGUUUGCAGACGCACAAAAGCUGCAACAAGAGCGUCGGGGAGCAGCCUUUUGUUCCGCCCCGGCUUGUCCAGCUGGAUGACGCUACUGAGUCCUUCCGGGUGGUGCCUGCUGCCGAGUUGGCUCCGGGCACUCGCUAUGCCACGCUCACUCACUGCUAUCACCCGGAUGACGAGGGAAUCAGGCUUCUCGAGUCAACAAUCGAGCGCCUGUGCGUUGUCCAGGACAACCAAGCUGAUCAGCAAGCACAUCAGGAUAAGGUACUGAGGCGGGAUAUCUUAUCCAACGGUUUCUGCGGCAUCGGUGACGCAGGAUCAACCUCCUCAUCGUCCGGCCUUUUUACCAAAUUCGAUCGAGGUCCUCUGGCACCCGACGUCUUCCUCUUCCAGCCCAGGGCAGAUGCCCCCCCAUCCCCCCAUGUGUUGCUCAGUGACAUCACCAAAGACAAACUGCGAGCUUUUCGGUACGAGCCGAUUUCGAAGAGCGUGCAAGCGUUGCGCGACCGCCUCUUGGUGCCCCGGAUGGUGUACUUUGGCGGUCAGAUGCUGUUCUGGGAGUGUCACGCUGCUCACCACGACGAACUUGGCCCUAUACCACAUCUUAGCCCCCAUAUCUUUGGGAGGGAGGGUGAACUAGCAUUCAAUGGCAGCAUGCCAGUCGUCAAUCUGUGGAAGCCGCUCCUUGAGUAUUCCACACAUCCCCUCAAGGAUCCCGUCGACCAGAUACUGAACCGCUGGGCCGCGUUCGUGUCGCAGUUUUCGAGGCUGCGCCCUAGUCCGUCAGAGAGAUUGCCCCUGCUUGAGAGCCUGGCUAUGGAGGUGAUGCAGCUUCUGGCCGAGCACGGCUGUGAGGACACCACGUACCUUGCGGGGAUGUGGAGGAUGUCGUUCCCCUCGGCACUCCUGUGGCUGACUCAGGAGCCUGCGCAAGAACCACCAACUGCUUCCUCUACACCCUCCUGGAGUUGGGCCUCUGUGGAUGGCGAGGUGCUUCUUGAGCGACCCAAAGACACCUGGAGAACGGGUCUUCUAUGCGAGCUGGUUGACGGCGCCGGCACUUUGGGUGAUGACUCUAGAACAAUCGCCUCGGCCAGCAUCACCCUCAGAGGAAAGCUCCUCCGCGGGAGACUGGCGUUCCUGCCCGACACAGCUAAAGCGGACGGAUGGAUGUGGAUUCUGAGCCUCGGCGAUGCGCAGUGUGACACCGCCUUCCGCCUGGAAAAUGGCCCAGUCCAGUUUCCCAUCCACGAUGAUUGCACUGCCAGGUUUGAUGUGCAGCGAGACAUGAAAGAGGAGGCCUUGCUUCUGCCGGUGAAGGCCGAAACGGAAGAUUACGGGUCGUUCGAGCAGCACAUGUUGCUUGGUAUUCUCAUCUCCCGGCUUGGCGAUGGCAGGUAUGUCCGCCAAGAGUCAAUACUUGUAGAAUACACGGAAUUUGUACUUCAUGGGAAACCCGGGAUAGGAGGUGUGUUCAAAAAGGGAGAACGGCGGGCGUUGGAAAAGAUAUUUGCUGUUUACGCCAACCCAGAUAACCGCUGGGACCGGCAAUCACUUGAGUCUUUCUUGAUAACACGAGUUCCCCAGGAUAGGAAUCACAUAGACCUCUUCAGGAAUUGCGCAGACUCCUGUUGGACACUUACCACCCACUUUGCACAAUGGCCCUUCAACACAACAUCAACAUCCCCACUAACCAGUCUCACAUUUUCAUCCUUUGCCCGUGCCAUGGCUUUCCUUAGUGGAGGGCACUGCCAUAUGGUUUGGCCUACCACCAUCACACCUGGUGAACCCGAGCGGUCUGAUCUAAUUGCACUCGAGUACAUAUUUCGAGCCUUGGCUACAACCAAAGUAGUGGACGAGCGUUCUGACCUUGUACCUGAAGAAGAAGCUACUGGAUUAUCACGCCAGCACCGUGACAUAUUUGACGUCCUAUAUUCAGUUCAGCCAGUGAUGAACUUUCUUACCUGGCAGAUGGAACCUAAUGAAUUGAUCCCGACAGCCAUGGUGUUAUCUCCUCCCCCUCACCCAGAGCUGUCUGCCCUCAUCAUCCCGGCCGGAACGCUCAUCUCGCUCCUUGACCUCCUCAUUCCAGUCCUCGAUCGGGCUCGCGAAGACCCUACAAUGACUCACUAUCAGGUUUUGAUAGACAAGCUAAAGGCAGCUUAUGUUAAGCUGCAGAGCGUGGAGGGUGUGUCGUUUGACGACUUUACAGGUUGGAUGGGUACCCAUUAUGAGCUCAAUUUCUACACUGGUAUUUCUGUGCUUUUUCGUAUCUUCCUAUAA